AUGACUUCAGAAAUCACCGUCCACUACCUCGAGCACUCCCGCGGAACUCGCGCACUCUGGCUGUUGGAGGAAUUGGGCGUUCCUUACACCAUCAAGGCGUACAAGCGCAAUCCCAAGACCCAGCUUGCUCCCCCCGAGCUCAAGGAUAUCCACCCCACAGGCAAGUCACCUCUUGUUGUAGACAAGGACGGCAAGGUGCUGGCCGAGAGUGGGUUUAUCUGCAAGUAUCUUAUUGACAAGUACGGCAAGGGCACCGAGUUGGAGCCCCGCAACGAGCAGGAGCGCAAUGAUAUUGAGUACAACCUGUUUGCAGCCGAAAGCAACUUCAUGACCGCCGGGCUGGCCUUGUACAUUGACCACGUCGCUGUUCAGCAGGCGCCCACCGGGUUCUCGUUUUUGCUGCGUCGCUUGUUCAAUGUGAUCGAGUCCAAGUACGCUCGUCCCGAGAUGCAUCUCUGUCUCUCGCUGCUCAACGACCAGAUCUCCAAAAACGGCUAUAUUGCUGCCGACCACUUGACGGGCGGCGACAUCAUGUACGAAAACGGCAUUGACUUUAUGAAGCAGCUGGACCCGUCGCUUCUCGACAAGUACCCAGCCAUUCUCAAGUGGUUCAACAAGGUGCACGAGCGGCCUGCCUACAAACGCGCUGUUGCCCGGGGAGUCGAAUCAGUUGCAAAGUUGUAA